AUCCACGGGCGGGGCCAGCCCAUCCGCUGGGUGAAGGGGGCACCCCCUUUGGACAACCCGCCCUGCGUCUUCGAUGUGGAUGACCCCUCCUGCAAUAAAACUCACCUCUCCAUGCUGGCCAUCAUGGCUUUGGGCGCCGGCCUCACCUUCGUCAUGUUCGGCAUUUCCAGCUUCCUCAUCUUCAGGAAGCUGAUGCUGGAGAAGGAGCUGGCCAGCAUGCUGUGGCGCAUCCGCUGGGACGAGCUGCACUUCGGCAGCACCGAGCGGUACCACAAGAGAGCAGGCAGCCGCCUCACGCUGUCCCUGCACGGCUCCAGCUACGGCUCUCUGAUGACCACCCAUGGCAAGUUCCAGAUCUUUGCCAACACCGGUCACUUCAAGGGCAACAUGGUGGCCAUCAAGCAUGUCAAUAAGAAGCGCAUCGAGCUGACACGGCAGGUGCUCUUUGAGCUGAAGCACAUGCGAGACAUCCAGUUCAACCACCUGACACGGUUCAUCGGGGCGUGCAUCGACCCCCCCAACAUCUGCAUCGUGACCGAGUACUGCCCACGAGGCAGCCUCCAGGACGUCCUGGAGAACGAGAGCAUCAAUCUGGACUGGAUGUUUCGCUACUCACUCAUCAAUGACAUCGUCAAGGGAAUGGCCUUCCUGCACAACAGCAUCAUCGGGCACCACGGCAGCCUCAAGUCAUCCAACUGCGUGGUGGACAGACGCUUCGUGCUGAAGAUCACCGACUAUGGGUUGGCCAGCUUCCGCUCGCCCUGCGACAGCGAGGACACACACACCCUCUACGCCAAGAAGUUGUGGACGGCACCAGAGCUGCUGCAGAAGGGCCAGCUGCUCCCGCAGGGCAUGCAGAAGGCUGACGUGUACAGCUUCGGAAUCAUCAUGCAGGAGAUCGCCCUGCGCAACGGCCCCUUCUACAUUGAGGGCAUGGACCUGAGCCCCAAAGAGAUCGUGCAGAAGGUGCGCAACAGCCAGAAGCCGUAUUUCCGUCCCUCCAUCGACAUCAGCCGCUGGCCUGUGGUGCCCACUGUGCCCCCUUCCCUCCUCAGCUCUGUGGCAGAGCAGCUGAAGCGUGGGGAGACGGUGCGGGCCGAGGCUUUCGACAGCGUCACCAUCUACUUCAGCGACAUCGUGGGCUUCACCGCCCUGUCAGCUGAGAGCACCCCUAUGCAGGUGGUGACGCUGCUGAACGAUCUCUACACCUGCUUCGAUGCCAUCAUUGACAACUUUGACGUGUACAAGGUGGGGGAUAUACCAUUGGCCUACAUGGGGGUGUCGGGGCUGCCAGUGCGCAACGGGAAGCUGCACGCCCACGAGAUCGUCCGCAUGGCCCUGGCCCUGCUCGAGGCCGUCAAAACCUUCAAGAUCCAGCACCGGCCCAACAACCAGCUCUGCUUGUGGAUCGGCAUCCACACUGGCCCUGUCUGCGCUGGCGUCGUCGGUCUGAAGAUGCCCCGGUAUUGCCUGUUUGGAGACACGGUGAACACGGCCUCGCGCAUGGAGUCCAACGGCCAGGCCCUGAAGAUCCAUGUCUCGUCCACCACAAAGGAAGUCCUGGAUGAGUUCGGCUGCUUUGAGCUGGAGCUGCGUGGGGAUGUGGAGAUGAAGGGCAAGGGGAAGAUGCGGACGUACUGGCUGCUGGGCGAGAUGAAGGACCCCCAGGGCGUGUGAGCCCGGCCGCGCCACCCCGCGGAG